AUGGCUUCUCUUCAAUAUUUCCCACCUGUCAAGCCUUCAGCCAUUGCGCUCGGCACCAUCUUCACUCACACUGCCUCCUUGGCGGUCCUUGCGCCAGUCUUUGGUGACACCUACCACCGCGCUCAGCAAGCCAAUUCCAAGGAGGAAUUUUUCAAGUCUAAGGAAACCGCGAGCGCUGCUGCAGCUUGGGGAUCUUCCCUUGUUGGUAGUGCAGUGCAGUCGUACGGUGUCGGUGCCUUGAUCAAUGCGACUGGUACACUGAGCUACAAAGGUGCUGCCUACUUGGGCAGCUUGAUCUUCUUUGCUAGCUCCGCGCCAAGCUUCAUCUCCCAGGUUUUUACGGAAAAGCGACCUCUUGACACCGUCGCUGUGGGCGCCCUUGCUCGCGUCUUUGAGACUGUUGGACUGAGCUUGUUCCUCACUUACUGGGGAACACGUACCAACCCUUUCAAUUAA